AUGCCGGUGACUCCAGAAAAUGCUGCACUCUGUCUCCCUCUCUUUGAACGCUCGUUGCGCUCUGGGCUGGGAGAGGAACAGAGAAGCCCACUGCAUCAUCUCUGCCAGUCGGCCAUUCAGAUGCUCUGCGAAUACAUCCACUUGAAUUUCGGUGCUGUGGGAGAGAGUACGUUCCAGCCAGACCAGAGGAUCCGGGAGGAUUUUGAGAUCUGCCCCGUUCACUUGACCAGAGGAGAGGGAGACUGCGAUCAGCUGGGGCUGCGCUUCGGGAAUGUCCCGAUUUAUUGGGAUUCCCUGAGUGAGCAGGAGAAGAGGAAGAGGGAAACCAGGAAGUGGGGUAGCAAAGGACCCAUGCUGGACAUUGGAUGUAUCUGGGUGACGGAAGUGAGGAAACAAGGUCCCGCCGCGAAGUGCGGGAAGAUUAAAAUCCGGGACGAAGUGUUGUCACUCAAUGGACAGCUGAUGGUCGGUGUCGAUGUUGCAGGUGCCAGUUACCUGGCUGACCAGUGCUGGAAUGGCGGAUGUGUCUACCUGAUCAUGCUGCGUCGGAUUAAACGCAAAGCCCCUCUUCCUCCUUCCAAUGGCGGCAGAGUUGAAGCCAGGCCGAGCAGCAUUUCCUCGGAACCGAGCGGCAGCCCCACGCAGAAUGGGAAACGGACCCGAAAGUUUGGCGUCAUCUCCCGUUCCUCCCUCAACAGGGACAGUCGGGAGAGCCGCGACUCCGAGCACGAGAAUGGAUAUCACGUCCCUAUGGAGGCCGAGUGCUCGAAGGCGGAAGGCCUGGACUCCAAGUGUGAGGCUAAAGACUCGAAUGUGAGCGCUGAGCGAGGCCCGGAAGAGCCUCUUCCCAAUGGGAAUGGCACUUCCUCAUUCGGACAUCACCACAAACCGCGACUCUCGGAGAGCAGGGUGCCAGACUUCAGGCUGAGCGAACACUCCAAUCACCAGGAAGGUUGCCAAAUAUGGAAGAUGCACAUGGUGAAGGGUGCGGAUGGGCUUGGGAUCCAGAUCACAGGAGGCCGUGGAUCCAAGCGUUCACCGCACGGCAUCAUUGUUACACACGUGGAGGAAGGAGGCUCAGCGCACAGGGAUGGAAGACUUAAAUCUGGGGACGAGCUACUCAUGAUUAAUGGUCAGUCGCUGGUUGGACUUUCUCACCAGGAGGCAGUCUCUCUACUUCGUUCAGCAGCGGGGCUUGUACAGCUAGUUGUUGCCAGCAGGAGUGAAUUGGAUGUUCCCUUCCAGAAAUGCCCUUCCACAAGUUUACCGGAUUUAGUGACGAAUUUCUCAGUUGCUGACCCCUCCCCUUCUCCCACGGAAAAUAAGGAAAAUGUGGAGCCAGACGAUGGGGACUGUGUAUCGGAACCCCACCCUUGCCAAGAUCAAGAGAGCGUUUCUGAAACUGAUAAAACGGACGACCGAGGUCAUGUGGACGUACCUCUGAAGACCUGCCGCAGUCCUACGCCAGGCAGUGGAGCAAUGAAGUUCAGAAGCAGAUCUCAAGGUGGAGGCAGCCGCUUGGAGUCUGUGGGCGAAGAUGACGAGCUGAUCGUGGAGAACGGUGAAACGAGUUGCGAGAUGCCAGAGAAGCCGGCACGAGGUGGGCGGAAGCACUCCCUUCCACAGCAGCUGGAUGCGGUGGGCACCAGGCAGGAGUAUCAAAUAGUAAAGAAAUCGGCACGUUCCUUAAGCACGGUUCAAGUGGAAUCGCCAUGGCGACUGGCACAGCCAUCCAUUAUCUCCAACAUUGUUCUGAUGAAAGGACAAGGAAAGGGUCUUGGAUUCAGCAUAGUUGGUGGCCAGGAUUCUGCUCGAGGCCGGAUGGGAAUAUUUGUUAAAACUAUUUUUCCAAACGGAGCGGCUGUUGCUGACGGGAGACUGAAGGAAGGAGAUGAAAUCCUAGAAGUUAAUGGGGAAUCUCUGCAGGGAUUGACCCAUCAGCAGGCUAUCCAGACCUUCAAGCAACUGAAGAAAGGUGUUGUGACCCUUACUGUCCGCACCAGGUUGCGAAGCCCCAGCCUUACUCCCUGUCCCACCCCCACACUGAUGAGUCGCUCCAGUUCUCCCAAUUCCAACGCCAGUGGUGGAACCCCAGUGCCCGGCUCAGACGAAGGGGAAUCCUGUCGCAGAGGCCCGGGACCUAAAGAUCGAAUCAUCAUGGAGGUGACGCUAAAGAAAGAGCCUGGAGUUGGCCUGGGUCUCGGUGCCUGUUGCCUUACACUGGAGAAUGGCAUCCCAGGAAUUUACAUCCAUAGCCUUGCUCCUGGAUCAGUAGCCAAGUUGGAUGGCAGACUUAGCCGUGGAGAUCAGGUUCUGGAGGUGGACUCAGUGAGCUUGCGGCACGCAGCUCUGAGCGAGGCUUAUGCAAUCCUAAGCGAAUGCGGCCCAGGUCCCAUCAGCCUCAUCAUCAGCCGCCAUCCAAACCCCAAGGUUUCGGAGCAGGAAAUGGACGAGAUGAUAUCACGUACAACUCAUCGGGAAAGUAUGAGCAAGGACGGGCAGCUGUCACACACAUCAGGGCCACCAUCAAAGAGUCCAUCACCUACUGUGAAAUCCAAGCAGGGAGAGGGAACUUCUUCCCUCAGUUGGACCAUGAAGCGCUUUCUGGAACCAGCAAGCCGGCAAGGGUCACUGAGCUCAGAAGCAGAACUCUCCCAGUACUUUACUCAUGAUGUUCCCAGCCAGUCCUCUCUCUCAGACACGAUGGUAACAGCUUCAAGCGACGAGGAACAACUACGACAGAAAAGUACCACGGACUCGCUGGAUGACAGCAGCGCCCCACCUUUGAUUCCAGGUUUGACACCUGUUGAACACUUUAGCUCCUGUUACAACGGGAAAGCUUCUGUCCCCAUCAACAAACACAUGGAGUGUGCACGUCAAGCCAGCCUUGGGGGGAGCCCCAAGUCAGUGCGUAGCCCCCUCCUCCGCCAGCGCAGGGUCAUCUGCUACGACAUCAGUGACGAUGAGGACUCUAUGAAGGCCGAGGCCAAAGGUGGGUUUAAGAGGACUCAGAGGGAUGGUGUGAGGAAAGGACACGAGCAGGAUUCGGGCAUCGUCAUAACGACCUCUUCCGUCGAGGUGGACGAUGAGAGCCAAGAUGAUGACGUGCCGCGGAAUGCCAGCAAUGACAGAGCCACCUCUCUGUAUGGCAGCUCACUGGAGUCAGACAGUUCAAUGGAGCAAAUGGUCGACUCACCCUUCAUUCCCAUCAAAUCCUUUGAGUUCUCCAAUUGCAUCGAUGCCAGCCACAGCAGCCUCGGUGUGAAGGAGGCCCCGGUGGAGUGCAAGCGCUCACCCAAACUGGAACACAAGGCGGUCACCAGAGUGAAGAGCAUGAUGAGCAUUGAGUGCCCACCCAGUCUCCUGCGGCAGAAGAACGAGGAGCAACCCGCACCCUCCAGCAAGCCUGUUGCCAGGUCGCUCCCUCACAGCAAAAAGGCUGAGCCUGGAGAUACGUCGCUGCUGUGCAACACAGAGACUGUCCAACUCUCACGGAAGCAAUCUGAGUCAUUUGGUUUAGACUUAGAGAUCAAGGCUUCCCCCCUGAGAGUGCUGGUCACAGCAUUACGGCCAGGUGGAGCUGCCGAGAGGGAGUCAAAGGGAAAACUUUGUGCUGGGGAUGAGAUCGUCUCCAUUAACACCACGCCAGUCAACAGCAUGUCCUACCAGCAAACCUGCGACUUCAUGCACGAUCUGUCUGCCUCCAUCACAUUGGAGGUACAGAAACCCAUCUCUGCUGUAGACAGACUCUCUAGUAUUAUCUCCUCUUCAACGGAUGUGCCCUGUUGCCCAGAAUCUAACACUGUAACCAGUGAGGAAAAGGCUGAAGGGAUUGAGGAGCAAGGGACAUUUCAGGAAUCUUCCAGGAUCUCAUUGGAUAAGGAUGAAAGUGAUAUCCCAGUGACAGACAUCGAUGACUUCAUUAAAGAGUUGAAUUCUGCUGAAGAACAAACUAGAAACACUUUGUCGCCGAGUCUCAAAGAGAAUCAAGAUAAAAUACCUGUGGGUUCAGGUCAGCCUAUUAAUGAGGCAAAUGGGACAUUUGCUGUAAACAGCAACUAUACUUUGUCAGCCAACAGCAAGCAGGACAGUCUUGACUUUUCUGUUCUGAAUUCAGUCAGCACUGGCAAAGUAUUAUCAGUGAACAAAACCUGCCUGACCAAUUACUCAUGGAAUUUAAACACGGGGAAGGAAGAAGAGCCAUUGCCUUUAACAACAGAAAAGGUUAAACGACAGUCCAUGUACGCUGCUGCAGAUGAUUCUGAUUCAGAGACCGAAUCUUCUGGUGAGAAUUCUCCUGCGGUUUGUGAUAAAACAGAGCGUGUUUUACCUGGAGCCGCACCAUCUAGUCAAUGCGACAAUCCUACUGCCGCAGAUUCAGAUAAUGAAGAGGUUGAGAUCUGCUAUCAAACUGAUGAUCACGUCAGCACAUUGCAGCAAGCCAUGGGACAGUCGACAAAUCCUCCAAUAAAUCUACAUCAAAAGGUCCUACCUAAUGCUAUUUCUUCAUCAACUGAAGAGGUUGUUACUGUAGAGAAAAAGUAUACUUCAGAAACAUGUCUAGAGACAUUCGCCCUAGUUGAAAAAACAAAUUCAAAUCCAGACUCUCCAUGCCAUACACACAAAGCAAAUGGAAUCGCACCAUUCUCUUUGCCUCAUCCUUCAGGUACGGCUGGAACAGACACGGAUGAACAGGGCACCUUGCCAUAUUCUCUUAAUGGCGAGUCCUCUAAACAAGGCAGCCUUGAGAACACGAGUAUUCCUAGUUCCACAGAUGUAGGUGAUGCACUAAUAAAGCAAAAUAAAAUUCGAGGACUCAACACAUCUUCCAAGGAAGAUGCAAAGCUGAGCAAAGUGUGUGACAUGGAAGAUGCAGAUAUGAUGGCAUCUGCUCACCAAGAACCAAAUCAAGGCCAUUGUAUAGGAGAAGCUGUGAGAGGAUUUGAGGAAGAGCCACAACACCACAGUGAUUCCAGCAUCGCUGCCUCAAAGCUUCAGUCACAAUAUCAGUCAGAACCAAGCAAAGCGGGUGAUGCAAUCUCCUCUUCUGUGGAUAGCUUGAAAGAAACUAAGAAUGUGGAAAUGACCCCAAGAAGCCUUUCUCCCCAGCAUCCAAUGUCCAAGCCAAAGCUUUCUAUUAUAAAUAAACCUAAUGUAGAUUCUCUAGAUUCAGCCCCGUCAUUGAUUCUUGCCCCCCAAAAGGAUUUGUCUUUGUUUAGCACCGGAAAUAAUCCUAGCCUCCAGCCACAAAGAACAGCCAAUCUGCCUAAACAGUCUUUAGGACCACAAGCUAUAAGAUCUUCCACACAGCUAAAAGCACAAAGUGAAAGUGGAGCAGCAUCGCAGUUGCCCAACAGAUCUAAGCUUCAAGAAAAAUGGCAAAAGUCGUCCAAUGUCCCGAAGCUUAAGGGGCUGAGCAUUAAAAGUAAAAGUAAACCACCUUCGGAGCUACAAGAGAAGAAUGUGACCAAGUUAGAUGGAUCCAAGAAAUCGGAAGCUUCACAGAAGUGUCCAGAGAAGUGCUCGGCUGCCGACAGUCCCACAGCCAAGGCUCCUACCAGGAAAGCUUCAUUAAAUAGUUUAAAAGCAAGCAAACUGGUUGAGAAAAUUAAAUCCACAGCAACUGAAAUGAUACAGGAGAAUGAAAACAGCAAACUCCCUGUACAUUCUUCAGAACAUCUCCCCACGCAAUUAGUGGCAGAAGACAAACUCCAAACCAGACGGGAAGAUAAAUGUCAAACAAGGCCACUUUAUGUCACUGAUAAAGUGCCGUUGGGCCAUGAAAUGGAAAAGCCACUAUUUAAACAAGCAUCUAAAGAAGAGGGAAUAGACACAAAGCUCCAAAUGACAGUUGAACAAAAAUUGAAAGGUGAAGAAGAGCCCAAGGAGGUGGUCAAAGAUGAAGGGGAAAAUAUCUCGAAUAGAAAAAAUUGUAAGUCAUUUGGAGAACUGGAAGUGUAUGAAAAUAGAGAGGUGUCACAAGCAUUCAGGAAACAGAUGUGCAUCGCACCUUCUACACAGUUGGAUGUUUGUGAAGUUGACCCAAAGCCUAGUAAACUCUACAAAAACAUGUCCCAAGAAGCACUAGGAGAGGAGCAAGGACUGACGCAGAAAAUCCAAUCCGAGGACUCUUUGCUACAUAAAGAAUCAAACAAAUUAAUAGCCUCUCCUGCAAUCUCACCGCUCGAAGACCAUCAAGAUCAUGUGGCAAAGCAACGUAGUUUUAUAGAAUUAAAACUAACAUCACCUACUUUAGAAAGGAAAGAAAUGAUGGACCUAUCUAUUACUUCAGGGCUUUCAGAGCACAAGUUGACCAAAUCCCUCAAAGUAAUAGAGAACGGCCACAAACCAAAGAUAGCACCAAAGCCUUGUUUGAGAGAGGAUCAGAAACCAGAACUACCAGUUAACAAAGUCAACGGUGAGGCACACCUUGAGAAAUAUCCAAUUAGCUGUGAAAAUGCUGAUUCUUCUCAGAAACAAAAACACAAACUAUUCCUGGAGAGAGAGAUAAAAUCGUUUGACACAUUACAAUCCGAUCACAUUGUUAAAAGUCUCAAUAGUCUUCACCUAAACCCAGAGACGACUGGUAUCCUGAGAAAAUCCCUGAGUGAAGAACAACACCCCAGCAUAGACUUCAUGUCCUUUCAAAGGGACAAGAGCAAAUCCAAUCUGGGAAGUUUCACAAACGAACCAAGCUGCCUACCCGAGAGUGGCUCGUCCUUUUCUGUCAGGCAGAGAAUUAAGUCCUUUGAAAGUCUGGCUUGCUUUGACAAACCUAUGUUCAGGAAACUGGACUCGCAGUAUUUAGACUCGUCCUUUGUUAUGUGCAAUGCAAGCUUUUCAAAUAAGCCAUCAAUAGGCAGGCGUAUAUCAGGCAGUGCGAUUCCUGUAACCACAUACAAUCACUCGCUGACACGAGACUGUGAUUCAUCGCGUUUGUUGAGACGAAGUUUAAGCUCAUGCACAGAAGGCUCUGAGGUUUCCUUCCCGUCACCACAAUUAAAAAAGUCCCCGUCCAGCUUGGCUUUUAUAAGCUUUGAGAUGAAUCAUUCCGAGAGCAAUACUGAGGAACAUGGUUCUGAAACGGCCAAAGAAUGCAACGUCAGCAAUGAAAGGUCCCACGAACAUGACUCUGCACCACGCAGAGUUAACAUCAGUAAAAGUAAGCCAACAGUCCACCAUCGACCAUCAUCCUCAACCCUGUCUCGCUCCAAACUGCGGGAGCUGAGAGCACUAAGCAUGCCAGACCUGGACAAGUUGUGCAGCGAGGACUAUUCUUCUGAUGCAGCAACGCAAAGCUUUAAAACUGAGCUGGAGGUCAAGCCACGAAGAUCUCUUGGUCCUGCUGCUGAAAGCCUCACAAAUCUCACCUCUGCCCUCUCAGGUUCUACCCUCCCUGCUUCUGGUUCUGGCUUAGUGAAAAUAUACCGAUCUGGAAUUCCCAGCUCUCGAUCAAAUUGCCCUUGGAAGAGCAGCACAGGAGCACUAGAUUUAACGUCUGACGAUGAGGUGACACAUAGUGACAAGUUGCAUCGAGGCAGAAGUUGGUCUGUCAGUCUUGAACAAUUAUCACACUCCACCAAGGACCAGGAGAAGGUACAGGCUGCUUUGUCCUCUGUAACAGCCAAAGCAGAUGUCAUUAAAAUAAUCCAUGACACCAAAGCAGUCACUGAGAGUAAAGGCGAGAUUUUUAUUGUGGUGAUGGACAAAGAUGAAGGCACUGGACUGGGCUUCAGUAUUGCAGGAGGCAUGGAUCAGGAACACAAAUCAGUCACUAUCCACAGAAUCUUUGCGAGAGGUGUGGCCGCUCAAGAGGGGACCAUCCAACGAGGAGACAGCGUCUUGUCCAUCAAUGGGAUCUCAGUUGUUGGCUCUACCCAUGGCGACGCACUCAACACUCUACAUCAAGCUCGCUUACCCAAACGAUCCGUCAUUGUAAUCAAGCGAGGGAAAGAAGUGGAAGAGGUCUCCUCUCAGCAGGAUGUAUCUCUUCCCAAAGGAAAACGUCUUUCGAUGACAAGAGACACUGCCAUAGAAACAACAGUGGGUAAGGAAGUCAAUCAUCAGGUCCCCUAUAAAUCAUGCUGCAUUUCCUUCCAUCACAGCAGCUUAGCAGCAACAUUCAGUGGAGCUAUCACUGUAGAGCUGUUAAAGACCUCUGCUGGCCUGGGAUUCAGCCUAGAUGGAGGAAAGGCAUCAAUCCAUGGAGACAGACCUCUGUAUAUUAAACGGAUAUUUCGAGGUGGCGCUUCUGAGCAGUCUGGAAGGAUUGACAUUGGGGAUGAAGUGCUUGCAAUCAAUGGGAAGUUCUUGCAUGGACUCAUGCACUACGAUGCUUGGAACAUUAUCAAAGCCAUUCCUGAAGGCACUGUCCAGUUAUUGAUUCGCAAGCCUAACACUGUGUAGCGAUGGUUUGACGGCUCUGACUGCAGUUCCACUGAAACAUUAGCAUGAGGCUGAUUAAUGUCACUUUGCCAGGGUGCCAAAGAGAGACACGAACGUGAAGUAAUGCUGCAAAGACUGAGCUGCAGAUUCUUUCAUGUUCUGUCGGAAAUAGCUUGAAAUGUCCUUUUUUCUUUUCCGGGUUGAAAUGCCACAUGAGUAGAUAACCCAGCGGAUGCUUGCAACAUUAUCAAAGCCAUUCCUGAAGGCACUGUCCAGUUACUGAUUCGCAAGCCUAACACUUCCAAACUUCCAUUCCAGAGUCCAUUACAUGUUAUGUACCAACUAAACUGCAGCGUUGUAGGGUUACCUUAAUGGAGGCUAUCUGUCUUGUUCAGCCUGCUUCUCCACAAUCCAGGCAAGACUAUGUGAGGUCAAAUCAUGCCAUGCCUGCAUCUCUUCACGUGAAGGAAACACUCGUGUUUUGGCCAUAACAGUGCGACUGCCCAAAUCAAACUAAAUUGAAGGAAUCUGUUAGGAACCAAACAUGUUCUUCUCCACCAGAAGCCUGUGCCUGUGUUCAUCGAAUGGAUAGGCCAUGAUUCAUUUGGGAAGUGAUGAAGAUUGUGUACUAGCAUUGCUUCUCCCAACCCUCUUUCUCACCCCCCUCCUUCUAGUGUGAUGUUCUUUUACAUUGAACGACAUAAUUAAGCGCUUGAUAUUCUGAACUAAUCGGAGUAGUUUGGGGAAUGUGGUGGAGAAGCUGACUGAUCAUCCUGGUCUCCUGAUUGAAGGAACAGCCAAACAACCUGCAAGCAGAGUGUAAUGGCAUUUAAAAGGAUGGUUCUUGUAACUUAGAAUAUACACCGUGCCUGGCUCACGUUUAUAUAUAGACCAUUAGUCUUGACAGCGUUUACAAGUUCUGCUAAAUGACUCUGAGCACUAAGUUUUAGGGCACAUCAGCCAGAGAUUGUUGUGAGACUCAAUCUAAGGUUCCCUCUGUUGCAGACUAAUCCAUACAGAAUGAAUUACUAUCAAGAUCUCCAAUUAUUAUAGCAUGCGACUACCAGGAUGGUAGAAGGCGAACUAGAUGGACCUUGUUCUUUAUUCAUCUAGAAAUUCACAUAUUCCUGCUCUUGUCUGAGGAUGGAAUGUACUGCAUCCAACUUUAAAUGGUGCAAUUUUAUCUGCAGUAACUGAUUAAUCCUACUUUAAGAAGCCCUCAAUUAAAAUUAGAUUCACAAGGUGUUGGAUGCUGACCCAGGUUAAUCUCAGCAUUUGUAGUCCCGUGAUAGGAAUACAGCUCCCAAACCUUAUCACCUGAACUUAAUUUAUCUGAGGUGAUUUCUCGUUCAUACAGUGCAAAGGUGGUUGGAAUCUGUGUUCUGUAACAAAACAGGUUGAGACACAAUGCGCCCAGGUUAAUCUCUAUAGUCAAUAGCCCAGUGAAAACAGCCCCCAAAACCUUUACCACCUGAAACUAAAUUUAAUCUGAGGACUGGGCAGGGCUGCAUUUAUAUCAUUCGAAGGUGAUAAGAGUUGGUUUGUGUACCUGAACAGGUCCUGGGGGAACACAAUGUGCCUGCGGUCAGCUAAGUGUGAUUUUAUCUGAUUGUACUUGAUGAUUUCCUAAAAUAGGUGAGGAGUGAUCAAUAUUCGGGAGAAAGGCCCGUACAUUUUAUAAAUGAAGGACUUCAAUGGAGACCUUUUUUAAGGAUUGAUUUUUAAAUUAAAUUAUUCUGCAAGCUACAAAAUGGAUCGAGCAGACUCUCAGCCAGUUUGGUAGAAUUCUCUGCGUGCAAUCCCAUUAACGUGGGUUUCUGGGGAGGUAGUGGGGAGGUUAUCCUACCUUGCUCUUCCCUGGAUCCUAGUUCUGUUUCAUGGUGGGUUUGAUUCCUGGUAGCUUUGCCUCUCCCCUAUUGUUUGAAAUAGACUUAUCGCAGAGAAUCAUCAAAUUUUACAAUAGAGGAGACAAUUGUGGCUCCAUGUUUCUCUUUGAAAGAACCGUCUGUUUUCAUUCCACUUCCCCAUGUCUUUUCCCCCUGGGCCAUUUUACAUUGUUAUUAUUCAAAUACAGUAAAACUCCUGAUAACUCGACCUGGCUUAAUUUAUCACUACCACCUGAGUCAUCGUGCUGUCAACAUCCCAGCCGCAUUUAUUCAUGUAUUUAUACGUAAACCUAACCCGCCACUCCGGAUAACCCGUCAUUGAGGCCUUUUCACUUGGAGUGACGAGUUCUCAGGAAUUUAUUGUAUUUGGCAAGUUCCCUUUUAAAAUUAUGGAUCCUGCUUAAUCACUGAUUAUUUUUCCAUAGGGCAUAUAUGUGGGGGAAAACAAAUUCUGCUAAUAUCUCCCUUUUUUUUUGGUAACGCUCUCCAGUUACCAACUCACCGACCAGUUGUAAAUAGUUUCUCCCUAAUUUAUCUCAUCAAAAAUCCCUCCUAAAUCUGAACACCUAUAUCUCAAGCUUCUUUGUUGCAAGUGGGAAAAAAAGCUCCAGUUUCUCUCAUCUAAAACCUCUGGGUCCCUGGUUUCAUCUCUCACCAAAACGCUUAGUAAAAUCGCAGCUCAUUACAAUUCAAGUCAGUCUUUCCGAGGGGGCGGGGGAAUAAAGAUUGUCUGGAAUAUUGCUGAACAGUCUGGUUUCAAUCACAUGUGAAUGCAGAUCACUCGAACUUGCUGCAGGUGCUCUCUUUUAAAGCAAGAAUUGAAAAGAGUACAGGGAAUCAGUAUAGGAAAAGAGAAGCGGAUUGGGACUUGAGUCCUUGGCUGCAGAGGAGGAGUUAGCACCUCUAGUAUAGGCUCAAUGAGCUGAGUGUUCUGAUUUCUAUAAUCCUGCCAAUGUAAAAAGUCCUGGACUUUGAGAGUUUAAACUAGAUAUCAUACCAGGCGCAUGUAUUUUAUGAUCCCUGUAUAGAACUCCCCAUCCCAAUUCAUCUUGUGUUUUAUUCAAAGACUUUCAAACAGAUCAGAACAGUGUUUUGAAUUCACUACAUUUUUUUCUAAAUCCAAAAAUCUUAUCGAUUGCACAGACGAGAGAUGUUCAGAGCCGUCCAGGUUACACAGGAUUCUGCGUGUUCUCAUCUUCCAGCAAUUAGGAUUUGCACAAUCUCCCACUGCAGACCUGCCUGUGAUCCCUCUCCAGAUCCACCUUAAGCACCGGAGAAGCUUGAGAACAGGUCGAUUUAAAGGCAACUUCGGAUGAAUUUAUAAUUUUAUAUCGAUCUCCUUUAUGUUUAAGAA